AUGGGAGCCGGCCCUCGCGGUGAUGGUUCGUUCUGCUGUGGGAUAACAAUCCACGGGACGCCUUGCAAAAACACCAUACGGAUGAAAGAGCUGAAGACAGGCCGGGAUGAUCUGAAGCGUCUCUCUUUUUAUCUGUUUGAUUCUUCGGAUCUACAACCUUUGCUUUGCAGUAUUGCCAAGAGCUUCCUGUGUAUACGAUGGCACCAAGCGCGACAAGCAGAGUCUCUAGGGAAGCAGUGGUAUGAUACGGCUAUGCGUAAUUAUGCUAUAUGGGCUCUAUCCCCUGCUGAUCCUCAGCCUUUAUUACCGGUAUCGUCUUUGCAUAGUAUUGGAUCAGAACCUGCUCCCGAUACAUCCCUCCUGGACGGAGACGGGCCUCUACACUCAGCCGAAAACGAAGCUGUGGAAGUCUCAUCCAUCGAGACAUCGAUAGUCACCGAGGAAUCACAGACUACCGAACCGUAUGUCUCAACCACCAUGGUCCGAGCAGAUUAUGUUCCACGGGACGUACCACCUACUCAACCAGCUAUUCCCCCAUGUGCUGGCGAUAUCCGGGCUGGCGAUAUCCGUGCCAGCGUCCGGCAACUGCAAAUCGCAAGUGUUAGUCUGAGUGAUGAGGUUUCUGAAAUUUACUGCAUGUUUUGCUUGGCUGAAGAUGGCGAUCAGGCGGAUGAGUGUGUGGUAUUACGGUGUAACGAAUGUACAAGCUUAGCCCACUUAGGCUGCGUGAAGGAGUGGCUGGAAAACAGGAACUUGGGGCUCGAUCAAUCUUGCUGUGUGUGGUAA